AUGCCUGUCCUUCUCCAGCAGUCCCCCUCCCCCUCCCCCGCAGUCGGCGUCUUACCCUUCAGCGUCCCAAUCACCAUCGCCCUCAAUGGAUGUAGUCCUCGCGCUAACAGGAACGGGACGCUGAAUGACACUGUUGCCGGCACGCCGUGGCGCCGGCUUAUUCGAUUCAAGGCAGCUGAUGGGCGCGAGCUCUUCGGUGAGCCCGUAGACGAUACUUUGGAUGUCGGCCUGGCACUCGCCAAGGGUCUCCCUGUGACCGCACAUGUAAUCCGCGCCGUGUCGGCGUGGGAUCCAUCCGCUGCACGGACCGGCGAGAAGACGUCUGUAGAACAGCUUCUCUCGCCCAUUUCACCUGCUGAAUGUGGCACGAUCCGGGCAACCGGGCUCAACUACACGGAUCACGCGCGUGAGCUGAACAUGCCCAUUCCCACAGUACCCGAACUCUUUUUCAAGCCCGGGCAGUGCAUCGCCAACCCUGGCGAGUCGAUCCCCGUUCCGCUGUGCGCCCAGCACAACGAACUCGACUACGAGGUCGAGCUGGCGAUCAUCAUCGGCCGCCCGUGCCGGAACGUGAAUGCCGCCGAAGCGACGCAGUACGUGCUCGGUUGGACGUGUGCGAACGACCUCACGGCGCGCGAGCUGCAGAAGCAGGCGUCACAGUGGGGCUUUUCGAAAGGUUUUGACAAGUUUUGCCCUCUUGGACCAGUGAUCGUAUCGGCCGCGGCGCUACCUGACCCGCGCGAGGCCACCCUCCAGACGCGCGUGAAUGGGAAGCUCGUCCAGUCUGGGAGCGCCGCCAACAUGAUCUGGCACGUGUCUGAAAUUGUCGCAUACCUGUCGCAGGGGACGACGCUGUCGCCGGGCACGGUCAUCAUCACAGGCACGCCUCCUGGGAUCGGCGCCAGCUGCGGAUUGUGGCUGCGGCAUGGCGACGAGGUGCGGUGUACAAUCUCGAAUGGUAUCGGCACGCUUGUCAACACUAUCGCGUACGACUAA